GACUCACGUCAUCUACGUGCCGUGCGUCGCCUUGGAAACAGAGGAGCAUCAGAGGCGCGGCUGGGAGACCCGCCCCUCUUCGCCUCUCACCAACAGCCACUGCCAUUUAAUGGCGGCGGAGAGGUAGCCCUCGGAUCCAGAGCUAGACUCAGCCUCGGCUCCAGCCUCAGAGCUUCUGGGCACGUUCCAGCGAGUCCAGGCUUUGCGUUCGCGACUCCCGGCACUUGGCGGGUGAAUCUGAUCAGGCUACCAGGGGCCGAAUCCGAGAGUCCUUCCUCCUCCCAGGUACUCUCUAGCUCCUCGCUCGUCCCCCCUCACCGAUACCCCGACUUCUCUCCUGGAUCCCUACGUCGGCGGGGCUCCCUACUCCCCUCGCUGUCCCUAGUCGGGGGGGCCGGUCGGUCUUGCUGCCGCCGCAGCUGCCGCAAGUCAAUGGAGGACGGACCGCUGGAGAUCCUGACCAAAGACGGCGACCUCCCGGGCCCAUUGGAAGUGUCCUCGGUGCCCGCUGUGGGGGACGUGAUCUCGGGCGAGUAUAACGGCGGCAUGAAGGACCUGAUGGAGCACCUGAAGGCCCAGCUACAGGCCCUGUUUGAGGACGUGCGGGCCAUGCGGGGGGCCCUUGACGAGCAGGCCUCGCACAUCCAAGUGCUUUCCGACGACGUGUGCGCCAACCAGAGGGCUAUCGUCUCCAUGUGCCAGAUUAUGACCACAGCGCCCCGCCAAGGCCUGGGUGCGGCCAGUGGCCCGGAGGGAGGCGACCGGGGCUCACCUGGAGUUCCAGGCACCCUCCUUGCCAGUGAUUGGGGCUGUGGUUCGCAGGAUCCCGAGGAGGAAGGGAAGGAAGUUCCCAGUCCAGCUACACCCACUAAUUUCUGUGAGAGUCUGGAGAACUCCUGUGCUUGCCUGCUGGAGGGGGAUGGGCCAUUGGUGGAUGCUCACGACCUGCCUGAUGUAGCCCUGCUCCAACUGGAGGGGGAGAACUCAAUGUAAGGAGGCUCCAGCGGGGGGCAGCACCUCCGAGGCACGGUUUUGGGUUUUUGGUGCAUGUUGAUGAGGGAACUGGACAACUCGGUGCAGCAUGCUUCACUUGGGUGUCUGCUAUGGGAUGCUAGGCAGAGACUCCUCUAAAGAGGAACCUAUAAUGAAGGGGAUCAUCAUGGAUUCUUUCUGCCUAACAGGCAGAAUGAUUGACAGUCUCUCACAGGGAAAGGUGAAAUGCAAAGCAGAGGAAGCCAUUGGGCAUCUCAUCUCUGGACUCCCACCCAUCCUAAUCCUCCCCUUGCCCCCAGCCAAUACAAGAGCCCCUGAAAUGUAUAAAUAAAAUUCUGCUUUUUAUAUUCUGAAGAUAUACUCCUUAGGACAGAGGCAAAUUAAAUCUCUAGACAUGUAUAUAGAAAUUAAGAAAUUGGGGUUUUUGUUUUGGCAACAAGAAACAGCCCUCUGCUGAAACCCACUGACACUCAAUGCCACUGCCAAAGCCCCUUUCCCCCAGUACAGAAAUCUCUACACUUUCUUGUUGGUUAAGGAAGCUUGAGGAAUGAAUUACAUGCAGUCCAGGGAGUGUGAGUGAAGGGGGUUCCACAGGCAUCUGGGCUAAAAGGCAAUGGCUCUUAAUGUGCAUGAAGAUUUGUUAGCUCAACUUUUAGGAUAUUGCAUGCUGAGAAGAUCCAGCUUUGUUAUAACUUCACCUGGGAUUGCAUAUCUUUGGGGUUUUAGAAACAAUGACCUCAGAUCCCAGGCAGAAACUUGGGAACCUGGAGACACAGGGAUGUUCAGCAACAACAGUCUUGGGGUGUUCCCGAGGGACUCUGGGGCACCAUAGCCAAGAUCUGUUUCUCCUGGUCAGGCUUGCCCAAUUCCCAUUCCUUUCCUUGCCAAAAUUGCCCCUCUUGUAGCCAGCCACUCUGUGUUGCCUCCAUGAUGUCCUGUGUUGCUAUAUGUGUUCACUGUGUUGUAGUGUGUGAGCCCCAAGGGACAGGGUUUGUGGCUCACAUGUCUGGUUCAGAGGGUUUCAUACCCCUUUGUGAGCCCCAAACUAUCAUGACGCUUCUCCCCAACCCCUUCAGGGCAUGGAGCAUGUGAUUGUCCUGGGAUUCUGCAAAUGAUGUGUUGCUUUCCUUCCUCUCUCCUCUCCUUACAAGUACUGACUCUGUGUCCUAUCCCCUGCUCCUGUGUAUCCUUUUCUCUUAGUGCUUUCCUUGAUGUGACCUUAAUAAUAAAGAGGCGUCAUCUCCUUUCA